AGUUGGGAGGCUCGAUGCUGGGCGUGCUAUGACAGCGUCUUUGCUCCUUCAUUCACGCUGGAUUGACCCGGUGAUGUUUCUCUAUGACAACGGAUCGGAUGAUAUGAACAAGAACAUGGAGGGAUUCGUGGGAGCUAAUUUUUCUGCCAACCAGUGCAGGAAUCUCAUGGCCCAUCCGACUUCUCUGGCUCCAGGUUCGACCUACACGUCGAGUGAGGUGCCAGUGUCUGGCAUGGGAGAACCUGUCAAACAGUGCAGCCCGUGUUCGGCCGCGCAGAGCUCGCCCGGUGCCUCUUUGCCCUACGGAUAUUUUGGCAGCAGCUAUUACCCGUGCAGAAUGUCACAUCACGGAAGCGUCAAGUCUUGCGCGCAGCCCUCGCCGUACGGCGAGAAAUAUAUGGAUACGUCCGUUUCUGGAGAGGAGUUCUCCUCCCGAGCGAAGGAAUUCGCUUUUUAUCAGGGCUACUCAUCAGGUCCAUACCAGCCUGUCCCGAGUUAUCUGGACGUGCCAGUCGUGCCUGCACUAAGCACUCCAGCAGAACCAAGGCACGACUCGAUUUUACCCGUGGAAACCUACCAACCUUGGGCUAUCACAAACGGGUGGAACAGUCCGGUGUACUGCCCAAAAGACCAAACACAGUCCAGUCACCUCUGGAAGUCGUCCCUUCAAGACAGUGUAUCGGGAGGUGAUGGAACCUCUGUUCGUCGUGGACGGAAGAAGCGAGUCCCAUAUACCAAGGUCCAGCUGAAGGAACUAGAACGAGAAUAUGCCGCCAAUAAAUUCAUCACUAAGGACAAACGGAGAAGGAUAUCUGCUCACACAAAUCUGACCGAGCGACAAGUCACCAUCUGGUUUCAAAACAGGCGGGUGAAAGAGAAGAAAGUGGUCAACAAAUUCAAGAGUAUCAGUUAAAGGGUAAACGUAUUUAGCACGGACACAGUAAAGAGAUGUAUACGGACCCACAUCGUUAUUUAUUAUAACCUACAUUAUCAACAGUUCCACUUGGAGUGACUGCGGAGUUAUGUAGCCUAGCAAACGUGGAAAAUGUCUAGUUGAGCUUAUGCUACAUACACGGAUGGCAAGAUACUGGGCAAAUAAACCCAUCCAAAAUAUUUGGAUGCCUGUCCACCACUAUCUUUAAUUUUUUUUCUUACAUAUUCUUUCUUUCUUUCU